GCGCCUGCGCAGUGGGGUCGGCACCGGCGGUGGCUGUUGUGGCGCCCCGUGCCCCACAGCGGCAGGCCGCGGCCCACUGCCAGGCCGGUGGCGGCGGCGCGGGUGUCGCCAUAGCGACCUGCCCUGGCGGGAUGGAGGAGCCGGCCGAGAAGGGCGGCGGGAGCGCCGCGGAGGGCCCCGCGGCGCUGAUCGCGGAGAUCCGGGCGCCGGGCCCGCGGCCGCUGCGGUUGCUGGAGUGGAAGGUGUCGGUGGGGGCGGCGGUGCAGAUCGGGUCGGUCCUGGCGCUCUGCGCCCCACUGCCGCCCGCCCCGCGCCCCGCCGCAGCCUCGCCGGGCUCCGGCGCUAGCCCCCGGCCCCAGCGCUCCAGCACCGAGCGCAAGCUGAAGGCGGAACGGCCCGGCGUAGUGCGGGAGCUGUGCGCGCGGCCCGGACAGGUCAUCGCGCCCGGGGGUGUCUUGGUGAGACUGGAAGGAUGUAGCCAUCCAGUGGUCAUGAAAGGUUUGUGUGCAGAAUGUGGCCAGGACUUGACUCAGAUACGAAGCAAGAAUGGAAAACAGAAUGUACCGUUAUCCACAGCAACUGUGUCUAUGGUUCAUAGUGUCCCAGAGCUGAAAGUGAGCUCUGAGCAAGCUGAACAGUUAGGAAGAGAAGAUCAACAACGACUACACAGAAAUCGGAAACUAGUGCUUAUGGUAGAUUUGGAUCAGACAUUGAUCCAUACUACAGAACAGCACUGCCAACAAAUGUCUAAUAAGGGCAUAUUUCAUUUCCAGUUAGGUCGAGGUGAGCCUAUGCUGCAUACUCGUUUGCGGCCUCACUGUAAGGAAUUCCUGGAAAAAAUUGCCAAGCUGUAUGAGCUGCAUGUUUUUACUUUUGGCAGCAGACUUUAUGCACAUACAAUUGCAGGAUUUUUGGAUCCUGAAAAGAAGCUUUUUUCCCAUCGGAUAUUAUCAAGGGAUGAAUGUAUUGAUCCAUUUUCCAAAACUGGGAAUCUUAGAGAUCUCUUCCCAUGUGGGGAUUCCAUGGUUUGUAUCAUUGAUGACAGGGAGGAUGUCUGGAAGUUUGCACCCAAUUUGAUAACCGUGAAGAAAUACGUAUACUUUCAGGGGAUAGGUGAUAUUAAUGCACCUCCUGGAUCAAGAGAAAUUCAAAUGAAGAAGAAAAUAAAUCACUCUGCUAAGCCAGAGGCACAGGAUUCAGCAGUGACAUUAGCAAAGGAUGCCGAUGAAAUGAAGAAUGUUACCUGUACAGAAGAACAAAACAAUGGUCUAAAGAAAGCUACAAAGGACAUGUGCACUGCAAAUGGAAACACUUCUGUAAGCAGUGAAACACCUGCAUGUGAUUUGAGCUCUCAUGGUAAAGUUAAUACUCAGGACUCUUUAAGUGACAGCACUGAUGACAAAACAGACAGUGAGAUCACUAACAAUUUGUCAAGUACUAAGGAAUCUCAGAUUUCUUCUGAACAAGUUGAGAGGACGGUGUUAGAGAAACAGCGAACUCAAGAAAAGACGAGUGAUUUGGACUUUGAACUGUCUAGUGACAGUGAGAGUGAAGGUGGAUUGGAUACCAGAAAGUCUUCUACUUCUGUAUCAGAUAGUGAGAAUGAGGAAAAGAGAAGCUGGAAGAAAUCCAAACAGCCUCUGCAGGAUGAAAAUCUACAGCAAGGGAGUUGCACUGAUGUGAGUGAGAAAAAAGAUGGUCAGGUGAAUCAUUCGGAGGGGACGGAAUCUCUACCAAGUGAAAAUAUUCUUGACAAAACUGAUAUUGAUGUGCAAGAAGAAAGUGAACAGGAAAGCGUUUGUGAUUUAGGAAAUGGGUGUGCAGACAAGAAAGAAGCUGAAACAGAGUCUCAGAAUAGUGAACAGUCUGGUAUUACAAUGGGUGAGUCCUUGGACCAGAGUAUGGAGGAAGAGGAGGAGGAGGAUGAUACAGAUGAUGAUGACCAUUUAAUGCAUCUCGAAGAGAUCCUUGUGCGGGUUCACACUGAUUAUUACACCAAGUAUGAUAAAUACUUGAAAAAGGAGAUAGAGGAAAUUCCAGACAUCAGAAAAAUAGUACCAGAACUGAAAAGCAAAGUUUUGGCAGAUGUAACCAUUAUCUUUAGUGGACUCUACCCAACAAACUUCCCCAUUGAAAAAACACGGGAACACUAUCAUGCUACAGCACUUGGAGCUAAAAUUGUUAAGAAUCUAGUACUGAGUGCUGAUGAUCCUGACAAAGCAACACAUCUCAUUGCAGCAAGGACAGGCACAGAAAAAGUACGACAAGCUCAGGACUGCAAAGACCUCCAUGUUGUAAACCCUGACUGGCUGUGGAGCUGCCUGGAGCGCUGGGACAAGGUUGAGGAACAGCUGUUUCCCUUGAAGGAUGACUACAUCAAAACACACAGAGAAAAUAGCCCUGCCACGUUUCCUGAUACACACAGCACAUUUCAGACAGCUCUGUUUCACCCAACACCCAUCCAUCCCAAGUCUCAACCUGGUCCUGAAGUUCGGCUUUAUGAUCCUAACACUGGAAAGCUAAUCAGGAAAAGCUCUCAAACAUCUGGCCAGUCUAUGUACAUCCAGUCUCCAACUCCUCCCAUCACCUUACCUGUCCAUGGUGAACACUCAUCCUUCAGAGUUGUUCAACCACACCAGCAGCAGAUCUUUGAAGAAGACCUACCAGUGACUGAAAAUGAAGAGCAACCUGGUCCAUCUAAGCGAAAACGCCAGCCAAGUAUGUCUGAGACAAUGCCCCUGUACACCCUAUGUAAAGAGGAUUUAGAGAGUAUGGAUAAAGAGGUUGAUGACAUCUUAGGAGAAGGCAGUGAUGAAAGUGAUAGUGAAAAAAAAAAGCCAGAAGAGAAAGGUGAAAAACCUCAGAUUAGUGCAACAGAGGCUACAGGAGUGAAAACGGAUCAGAGACCUCGAUCAUCGUCGUCAUCGUUAUCAUCAUCAUCAAGUGAAAAAAGCUUAACAGGCAGUGUACCCAGGGGCCAUAAGCGCAAACUGGAUGAAGACGAUGCUGCCAGUGAAUCCAGUAAAGAAUCCAGCAAUGAAGAUGAGGAAGGAAGCAGUUCUGAAGCAGAUGAGAUGGCAGCAGCACUUGAAGCUGAACUGAAUGACUUCAUGUGACAUUCAUGCAGAAGAUGGAAUUUCUAAUUAUGUUUUACUUCUCAUAAGCAGAUCAGACUUCAGAUGAGUCCCUUAUGCCAGUGCUCAAUGUUUUUCCAAAAUGUGUGUGUAUAUUUUGCAAAGCAACACAAGAGGUGACACAUUAUUUUACAAAAUCAGACAUAGAUGUUUUUAAGGUGUUUUACUAAAGGAAAAUAUACUUUUUUAAACAAAAAAAAAGUAUUAAAUGGGACUUGGUGUGCUAUGCCAAAGACAUGUUAUGAGCUCUGCAGAACCUUCGUAUACAGGACAGUAAUGCAAAGAUUUGUGUUUCAGCAUACAGCAACUUUUCAAAAUAUUGCAGUCUGUGGUUUAUUCGUAACAAUCUUAUAAAAACAGGAUGAGAUAAAGUAAAUGGAUUUGCUUGAGUAGCACAGCAGCAACCUGAUGAAUUUGAUCAUUCUUUUCCACAAAUAAAUGCUAUCAAAUAUAAAAGGAUUUUUAAAAUAAUUAAAAAAAAAAAGAACAGUCUAUAUUUGUAUAGAAACAGAGAACAUCAUAUGCAACCUUUGUGAACUCUGCACUUGACUCACUUGUCAUUUGCUUCUGAGAUAAUGAUCAAAAGUCAUGUUUUUAAGUUGCUUUGUGGAGUAGUUGGAUUCUUUAGGGACACCGUUUAGAUUUUUAACUUUUCUUCUCUGUAACCAGAAAUUUAGCACAGCAUACUGUGUGAUCCUGUACUGCCGUAAGAAGCAUAUUCAUCCAUUUGUGUUGUUCUUGGGAAGAACGAGUGCUACUUCAGUCUAGAUAGGAUUUAAUUUCUUUGAAAAGAGAUCUGAUGUAAAGUUUUUGUAUAUUCUAUUUCAUAUUUGACCCACAAAACAGAUUUUCUUUCAUUUAAUAAAAAUUCAUUUUGUA